GGUAAAGGCUCCCAACCUUACGGGUCCAGUUCCUUUCUGGUUGCUUCUUGAUCUCUUCGUUGCUGAAAUUCCAGGCCAAUUUUUUCCCUUUUUCUAGUCAAACUGAUCGCGCCUUAUCUCUAUUCCACUUCCAUUUUCAUACCCUCGCUGUAAUCUAGAAUCCGCCACUAUUGAAAUUUCAGUUCCACUGUGAUCCAUUUCAGCACUUUGAUACUAUUAUCAGAUACAACUUUGUCAUAUAUGUCCGGGUUUUCCACAUUUUCAUCCGUUCAGUUGAAACCCCUGUUGGACUUGGUCUUUCUUCCAUCUCUACCAAUUAGCUUCUACUUUUAUUUUGUUUUAUUCUUUUUAUUUUAUUGUAAACUGCUUACAAUCAAUACCCUUAUAUAAGGCGAAUUCAGAUUCAACAGCAUUGUGCUGUAAGACCUGAAGAAACCUUCUAUCUGCUCAUAACCGGAAGAAAUUUUCAUGAAGAGAGCCAGACAUCAAAUCAAAUAUUUCAUCUAACUUCGUUGGGUUAGUGGUCAUGAAUCCCCCGGUUAGAGGAAGCAGUUCAUCUUACCCCGAUGAGCCUCUCAUCGCUGCUUCUCAACGACCGCAACCAAUGGAGGGACUUCAUGAUAUAGGCCCUCCACCUUUUCUCAACAAAACCUAUGACCUUGUCGACGACCCAAGCACGGAUAGUAUAGUGUCUUGGAGUAUAGGUAACAACAGCUUUGUUGUAUGGGAUCCUCAGAUCUUUGCCGGGAAUCUUCUUCCGAGAUAUUUCAAGCAUAACAAUUUCUCAAGCUUUGUUAGGCAACUCAACACUUAUGGUUUUAGAAAGGUUGAUCCAGACAGAUGGGAGUUUGCAAAUGAAGAGUUUCUCAGAGGACAAAAGCCUCUGUUGAAGAAAAUCAAGAGGAAGAAGGCACUUCAGCCUUAUACCUCACAGCAAGCUGUAGGUCCGUCAGUUGAAGUUGAGCGAUUUGGGUUAGAUGGGGAAGUUGAUCACAGGAGGCGUGACAAGGAGGUUCUGAUGAUGGAGCUGGUGAAGCUCAGAAGGCAACAACAGGAUACAAGAGCUUACCUCCAAGCAAUGGAGCAAAGGAUCAAAGGGACAGAGUUGAAACUGAAACAGAUGAUGAAUUUCUGGGCAAAAGUUAUAAAGAAUCCCAGUAUCAUACAGAAAUUGGUCCAACAAAGCAGAACAAAAGAACUUGAAUCAGCAUUAACUAAAAAGAGGAGACUGAUCGAUGAAGUGCCUACCUAUGUGGAAGCCCCGGGGGAAGGAACUUCAGUCAAAAUUGAACCCCACGACUAUGAUGACAUUUCAGCAUUUGAAGUUUCAGAGCUGGAUACACUUGCUAUGGACAUGGAGGGACUAAGCAAAACUGGGAAGAAGCCAGGGAACGAACAGAUAGAGAAAGAAGAGAUGAAGCUUGAAAGUGGAAAUAAAGCACUGGAUAUAGGAAUAUGGGAAGAGUUUUUGAAUGAGGAGCUUGAAGGAGAUAUGGGUUUACUGGGUACUGUUGGAGGGGAUGAUGAGGAAGACGUGAAUGUAUUGGUUGACCAGCUGUGUGACUUGGUUUCCAGUCCAGUGUAGGGAGCUGAGCUUUCUCAAUGCUUUCCUACUUGCCUGUGUCUUCAGUAGUCAGGGAAGAAGAGACCUCCCUACAGCAGUCUGACUCCAUGAUUACUUGUUUUCCUUUUUCAUCUGGGUGUCCCUAAUGCCAAAGAACCAAUAAUUUUCAGAUGGGUUCUUGGCACUGACAGAGAGCGUUGUCAGUAUGUACUCAAAGAACGAAGAAAUUCCAAGACAUGGUGAUAACCAAGCUUGUAUAUUUUUUGGCUUACAGUGUCCUCAAGCGUUCUUUCAGAGUAGAAUUCUAGUUUAGGUUCUUAGUUAAUGGUGCUCUCAGGCAGUGCUGACUAGAAAACUUGCUCUUAAGUCUAAU